CCGGUCCCGCCUAUUCUCUGCUGCCCUGGACCUUUAGGCUUGUCUUGGCCCGUUUGAAGACCAGGAAGUUGAUAAGUCGCGAGGCUCGCUGCUGAGAGACGGUGGCUCGGGUGGGACAGUCGCCAGGGAUGGCGGAGUGUAAGGAUGGAGCGGGUGUCCGGACUGCUCUCCUGGACGCUGAGCAGAGUCCUGUGGCUGUCGGGCCUCUUUGAGCGGGGAGCUGCCCGGCAGCCCCGGAUCAUGGAAGAGAAAGCGCUAGAAGUUUAUGAUUUGAUUCGAACUAUCCGGGACCCAGAGAAACCCAAUACUUUAGAAGAACUGGAAGUGGUAACGGAAAGUUGUGUGGAGGUUCAGGAGAUAAAUGAAGAAGACUAUUUGGUUAUUAUCAGGUUCACGCCAACAGUACCUCAUUGCUCUUUGGCGACUCUUAUUGGGCUGUGCUUAAGAGUUAAACUUCAGCGGUGUUUACCGUUUAAACAUAAGUUGGAAAUCUACAUUUCUGAAGGAACCCACUCAACAGAGGAAGAUAUCAACAAGCAGAUAAAUGACAAAGAGCGAGUGGCAGCUGCGAUGGAGAACCCCAACUUACGGGAAAUCGUGGAACAGUGUGUCCUUGAACCUGACUAAUAGCUGUUUUAAGAGCCACUGAACUGGAAUCAUUUGAUAUAUUUGUUUAAACUCUUUGUAAAAUGUAAAAGACUCAUGUUUAAUACGUAGGUGAUUUGUACCUCAGUGCAUUUUUUUAAAGGAUGAUUUCCAAGCAAGAUUUAAUUAUAAGGUAGUACCUAGUUUGUUCAGUGUUUAACAUUCUCAGGAUUUGUAACACUUAAAUGAUCAGACAGAAAAAUAUUUUCUAGUAAUUAUGUGUCAGAUGAGUUGCUAUUUUUCUGAUGCCCAUUCUGAUACAACUGCUUUUCACAUCAAAUACUUACUGUGCCCAAAUAUAUUCAGUUUAAAUCAUUACUCUGUAAAUAAAUAAAACAGAGGUGAUUCUUGUACACACCUUAGAAUGUUUUUAUUUAAUUGUAAAUUUUAGUGUAAAUGUUAACACUAAAAGAUAUGUCCAAAGCUUUAUUUUCUGAUUAUCAUGUAGAAUCAGAGAUAGGAGAACCAAAAAGAACCCUUAAUAUCAGGCCUGGGCCCCGACUUCCUUCAAGAAGAGUCCUGGACCCAUUUAUAGAUAAGGAACAAAUGUGAAGAGGGCCAGGUGACAUAUAUAGUUUUGAAGAUCAAGAAGUCCCCAAAGAAAUUUUGAUUAAACCAUCUAAAUUAAUGGGUUCUUCUUUACUUGUACUUUGUUCAGUUUGUUUUAGGGGACAGUGGUCAUUUGAAGUGUAACAGGGUAUGUUAGGAAGCUUCCGAGGUGCCCCCCCCCCCAAUGAUCCUUGAUUCCUGAUAUUCGUGCCCUUGUAGUUUCCUUCCAUAUCGAACCAGAACUAGUUGCCAUGACUAAAAAAGAAUCAGAGGUGACAGUGUGUGAUUUCUGAGGCUAGAUCGUAAGAGUUGUUACUGCUUUCACCUUGUGAUCACUUGAGUUGCUCGUUCUGCAGGAAUCCAGCUGCCAUGUCCUAAGAACACUCAGACAGCCCUGUGGACAAUUCCACAUGGAGAGGAAUUGAGGCCUUCCACCAACAACGAGAACCAACUUGCAUACCAUGUGAGGGAACCACGUUGGAAGCCAUUCUGCAGCCUCAGUCAGGCUGACAUCUUGACUGGAACCUCACUAGACCCUGAGCCAGAAGCCACUCCCUAAUUCCUGAUGCAGAGAAGCUGUGAGUGAUAAUAAAUGUUUAUUGUUUACACCA